AAUCGUUGAAAGUGUCCAAGCCUUGAUCAAAACACACGACGUCAAACAAACAUGAGCUGAGAUUAGUGCCCUCUCCAUCCUCGACGUAGACAGUCAGGCACCGUUAAUCGUGUUUCUUGACCAUGUCUCUGCCCGAAGAUCAUCCCUACCACCCGCCCUUGAAUCCGGACUUUGGCGCCUUUUGGACCUACUUGCCCGAGGAUCGACAUAUUCGCGACCAGCUCCGGGAUGUCCUGGAAUUCUAUGACCUCUGGAAUUGCUCGGGGCCGAUUUUGGCCAACUUAAGUCGGCAGGAUGUAGACUCGUUGUGUCCGCGAAUCUCCUUGGGCGUGAAACAACAUCUUAUUCUAGGCCUUCAGCGAUGGAAACGGGACCGGAAAGGGGCGGGGCCGCCCUUGGUCAACGGUUCUGCACGCGAUUUGGCUGCCAUUCCGGGUUUGGGAUUGAGUUCGAAUUCGGAUUCGUCGGGUGAAUCGGAGGAUGAGUUAUGGAAAGAGGCCCGUCGUCAUUCUACCUUGAACUUGACCAAGAGUCAGUCCUUGGACCAAGUUUUGGCCACUGGAAAUGUACCUGCGGCGUAUCAACCAAGUAAAGGGUCCCGAUCAUCGCCCACGGCCACUCCCACACAAUCAAGCAACCCACUGAACACUUGCCUGAGUUGCUUGAUACGAACCAAGCAUGGCUACGCCCUUAACUUACCACCAGACCGAUUGAAAACGCUGAUGGCCUUUCUGUAUGGGCUUUGCGUUUCCUGGUUGUCGGCCUUUGUAAUGGUCAUUGUUCACGAUCGCGUUCCGGACAUGGAGAGAUAUCCUCCUUUACCAGAUAUUCUUUUGGAUAACCUUCCCCACAUUCCUUGGGCCUUUGAGAUGUGCGAGAAUAUUGGCCUGAUGCUCCUGGCAGUCUGGGCAGGGGUCUGCCUUUUCCAUAGGCACAGAUUCAUUUUAAUGCGACGAUUUUUCUCGAUAUCGGGCACGAUAUUUCUUCUUCGUUGCGUGACCAUGUUGAUCACGUCAUUGAGUGUGCCGGGAAAACAUCUGGAUUGCUCGCCACGCCCCUAUGGGGAUAUUUGGCAAAAGUUCUAUAACGCUUAUUUGAUUUGGUCAGGAGCCGGGAUGACUUUACAGGGUGUGCGCACAUGUGGGGACUACAUGUUCAGUGGUCACACUGUCUCCCUGACGUUGUUGAACUUCUUUAUCACAGAAUACACGUCCCGGAGGAUCUAUUUCCUACACACUUUCACUUGGAUUUGCAAUGUCUUUGGCAUUUUCUUCAUCCUUGCCGCCCAUGAGCACUAUUCCAUUGACGUCUUCAUUGCGUUUUAUAUUUCAUCAAGAUUGUUCUUGUACUACCACACCUUGGCCAAUAAUAAGGGAGCCACCAGAGUUGGUCAGAGAGGCUGGUUCUAUUUCCCAUUGUUCUACUUCUUCGAGGCCAAUGUGGAUGGCCGUGUGCCCAAUGUGUUUGAAUGGCCUCUGCGGAUCGAAGAUCUCAAAUGUCUGAGCCUCAAUAUCAGAUCCUUUCUGCCUGAUGAAGCCAUGUUCUUGAAGCCCAAACCAAACCCAGAAACAGCCAGCACAAAAAGUACCGGUGACGUCGGAUCGAGUGGAGAUACCAAGGGACUCAAGAAAGAGCAAUAAGAAAAUGUAUUAACUUCGGUUUUUGAUUGGAUUGUCUGAUUUGCUCUUGUAGAGCCACCCAAAUUUAGAUUCUACUAUAUUUCGACAAACUAUAACAAGGUUGACUUAUUUUAACAAAAGAUAACAAAUUGCAUUCGUUCCUUCUCAAGGAUUUGUGAAUUACGGAUGAUUUCCUCUUA